AAUGGUUAUAAGAACCUUCUACAAACUGGCUGCUGAGCUACUUAAAGUAGACAGAUCCAUCCGAGCGCUCCCGUCUCCCCCUUGCCCUCUUGCUUCUUCCGAGUCUCGAAGGAGAUUAGUGAUUUGUUUAUAAGCAAUGGCUGCAACUUUCCACAAUCUCAAUUCGGAGUCUGGCCUCAAAAAGCUUGAUGAUUACCUUCUUUCUCGUAGUUAUAUAACGGGUUACCAAGCUUCCAAGGAUGACCUGGCUGUUCAUGCUGCACUUUCGACGGCUCCAUCGUUGGAGUAUGUUAAUGUAGCUAGGUGGUUUAACCAUAUUGAUGCUCUUCUGAAGAUGUGUGGUGUCACUGGGGAAGGUGCUGGUGUGAAAAUUGAAUCAUCUGCUUCUGUUGCCGAGGAGGCGCCAUCCUCUGCUCCCGUUGCUGAGAAGAAGGUGCCAGCGGCUGAUGAUGAUGAUGAUGAUGAUGAUGAUGUGGAUCUAUUUGGUGAAGAGACAGAAGAAGAAAAGAAGGCUGCUGAAGAGCGUGCAGCAGCUGUUAAAGCAUCUGGAAAAAAGAAAGAGAGUAAGUCUUAUCUAUGUGUUUUUUCUUCAUUUUGUCCACCUUUCCUUGUAGGCUUAAUGACGAAUAUACAAACUGUUUUUACAUUGUUAACUUUAAAGAACACAUACAUUCUUGUUAUGGCAGUAUUUGAUACUCAUCAUUGUUAA